AGGCCUAUAAAUUGUUAAAUAACGAAUAUAGUUCCCGAUAGUAUGUGAGACGAAUCUGAACCUCAAUGUUAAAAUAGCAAUUUAUGUCGCUGAACUUCAUAGACAAAUUUAGACAAAUACUGAAUAUAAAUUAUAUCUAACUGAAAUAACUUAUACAAACUAUGCAUGUGAUAAUAAAUAUAUUUAAUGAAUAUCUAUCAACAGCACGUCUCGCUUUAGCUCAAUGCCUCGCUGAUUUACAUACCUAAGGAAAGACUACACUACCCACAAAUCCGUUCGUGGAGGAUGAAAGUGACAUCAGCGUCAGCUGAAAAGUCACAUGACAGACAUUUUCGAUUUCAGACAUACAGGCAGAUCCUGAUCGAGAAGUCGGAAACUAACAUAUAUUUACGUUUUCCAGCUUUACAAAAUGUUUCUGUCCAUAUCGAAAUCGUCGUGAUCAACAGGCUUUCACAUUAUGAAUUAGCUAUUUACACCAGCGCACCCGAGUAUUCGUUUCAGGUUGUCAGCGAGCUAAAGACUUCCAGCCAUCAUGAGUCCGGAGGGAAAGACCCUGCUCAACGUCAUCGUCCUGGGCUUGGGCUUUAUGGUUAUGUUCACUGCCUUUAGCACCUGCGGGAAUAUUGAACAAACUGUAAUAAAGAGUUUCAACAGUACAGAGUUUCAUGGAAGUGGCUACACAAGCUUGGCGAUUAUCUACACAGUAUUCUCUGCCUCUAAUCUCAUAGCGCCCUCAGUGAUAGCUGUCAUUGGACCUCAGCUGUCUUUGUUUUUUAGUGGACUUAUUUACAGUGCUUAUAUUGCUGUUUUCAUCCAUCCGUACACUGCGUCAUUCUACACUUUAUCUGUAUUGGUUGGAAUUGCAGCUGCAGUGCUCUGGACAGCUCAAGGGAAUCUGCUCACCAUCAACUCCAAAGAUUCCACCAUUGGGAGGAACAGUGGAAUAUUUUGGGCGUUGAUGCAGUUUAGCUUAUUCUUUGGUAAUCUCUACAUAUAUCUUGCCUGGCAUAGCAAGAGUCACAUAACAGACAAGGAUCGCCAGACAGUUUUCAUCACACUCACGGUCAUCAGUCUGGUGGGCAACUUCCUCUUUUUCCUGAUCCAGCGACCAGACCCAGAACCUGCACCUUCUGAUGCCUCUGAGUCACUUCUACCAACAGACAUCUCUGACAGUAAUGAUGUGGUUCCAUCCCAGAGUCUGUGCUCUCAGGCAUUGGAUGCAUUCAAGAGAUCCAUACAGCUGGCUAUGACCAAAGAGAUGCUUUUAUUGAGCAUACCCUUUGCAUACUCUGGUCUCGAGCUCACCUUUUACAGUGGGGUGUAUGGAACAUGUUUAGGGGCCAUGACUCAAUUUGGAGAAGGCGCCAAGGGUCUCAUCGGCCUCUCUGGAAUUUUGAUCGGUGUUGGUGAAAUACUUGGAGGGGGAGUGUUUGGGAUCAUGGAUAAGUGUAACCGUUUUGGCAGAAACCCGGUAGUGUUUUUGGGGCUGGUUACGCACAUUGUGGCAUUCUUCCUCAUCUUCCUCAACAUAGCCAGUGAUGCUCCUGUGGCCCCAGAGGAAGGCACACAAAUGCAAGCUUUUAUCCAACCCAGUGUGACUGUGGCGCUGAUAUGCAGUUUCUUACUGGGUCUUGGUGAUAGUUGCUUCAACACUCAGCUCAUCAGCAUUGUGGGACUUUUGUUCCGGGACGACAGCGCCCCAGCGUUUGCUGUCUUUAAAUUUGUACAGUCCAUCACAGCAGCGGUGGCCUUCUUCUACAGCAACUACCUUCUCCUGCAGUGGCAGCUGCUCAUCAUGGUGCUGGUGGGCUUCCUGGGCACCAUCUCCUUCUUUGUGGUGGAGUGGGCUGCUAUCAGCAGACGACAGGACUCCGACUAUGACAGUAUCUGAUAGGAACAGUUCGAAGGACUGAAGUGCCAGAAAUACCGUCUCAUCUCCAGCCAUCAGCCUCAGUGAGCACAUCUACAAACCAUCUCCAAUGUUCUCUUUCCUCUUUGGUUUUGCUCUUAAGAUGUCUCCUAAACUCUCAGCUGUUGGAGCACCUAGACCAUGUAUCCAUUCUAAGCGAAUCAGCUGUAUAGACUCGUUUCUUUACUUGCACAUAAAAUAUGUUUACUCCCCAGAUGGGAUCAAGUGCUGUAAUGCAAUAAUAAAUGGUUUGUUUAAAUUUUUACGUUUUCAAAUAGCAUUAUACUGUGCAAUGCCAGUGACCAUCUACCAACUAUGGUUUCAUCGUCUUUCCAAAAUUUUCUUGAACAUUGAACAAAUGACUAUAGACAUAAUUUACCCAAAAGUUGAACUUUUGUCAUGAUUUACUCACCCUCAGGUUGUUCCAAACACAAGGAGACAUUUUUGAAGAAUCUUUAUGCAGCUCAUUUUUAACCACAAAUAUGAUAGUGAAGAUGACAAAUAUGACAGUAUCGUAAAAUUGGUACACACAACUCGUGCACUAAAUUUCAAGUUUUCUGAAGCCAUGCGCGAUUGCUUCGUCUCAGGAACAGAUCGAAAUUUAAGCUGUUAAUCUGUCAAAGCUCUUAAAUAUAAUUCAGGAUUCAAACAUGCCGCUUUCUUUGCAUGAGGUUUGCCUAAACACUAUUGGUUUUCGUAUGUCGUAAGCGAACACAACAUACCAAAUUGAAAGAUUGAGAUUUGUGAGCUGAAAUCUAAAUUGACUGAAAUUUCAGUCUGAUCCUCACAAAAAAACAAUCAUACGUCAUCAGAAAUCUUAGAAUAUAGCACAUUUAACACUGUCCUUUGUCCAUGUUGGAGCUGGACAAAUGUGGUCGCUAUGAAUUGUGUUGGAAAAGAGCCGUGUAAAGAUUCUUCUGAAAUUCAAUUUUUCCCUGAAAAACAAAAAUGAGGAUAUGUAAAUGAAGACAGAAUCUUUAUUUUAGGUGAACUACUCCUUUAAGUGGCUAUUGUACUACUUAAAUUCAGUUAUUGCUGAGAAGUCUAUGGAGGCUUGUUUCCGCCGGGGAAUAAAAAUAAAAGGUAAUUGCGACCUUUCACAGAAUAUUGAGUUUAUAUUACAAUUCUGAGGGGAAAAAAGUCAAAAUUGCAAUAUAAUCUGACAAAUAUGGUCAGAAUUGAGAGAUAUAAACUCACAAUUAUGAGUCAGAAGUCAAAAUUACGAGAUAUAAAGCCACAAUUAUGAGACGUACUGUCAGAAUUGAGAGAUAUAAACUCUAAAUUGUGAGUUUUGAAGUUUAAAUUGUACGUUGCCCCGCACAUGACAUGUGGACAAAUAUGCCACGAAUUAAGAAUUUGUUUUCUCAUAUUAAGUAAAUCUUGGCCACAUUGUACCAGUUCAAUCCCUCGUUUUGAUUUAACUGGAAAAAAAAACCCGAACGUGGCCACGAUUUAUUUAUUUAUUUUUCUUAAAAUUGCGAGAUAUAUAAGGAAAAAAGUCACAAUUGCAAGUUUAUAUCACAGUUCUGAGAAAAAAGUCACAAUUACGAGAUAUGAAGUAGUAAUUAUGAGAAAAAACAUCAGAAUUGUGAAGUAAAAAGUCGCAACCGUGAGGAAAAAAAGUCAAAAUUGUGAGAUAUAAAGUUGCAAUUCUGAGAAAUACUGUUAAAAAUGAGAGAGAUAAAUUCACAAUUAUGAGAAAAACAUCAGAAUUGUAAGAUAAAAAGUCGCAACUGCUAGAAAAAUGUGAGAUAUAAUUCUGAGACAUACGGUCAGAAUUGAGAGAUGUAAACUCACAAUUGUGAGUUAUAAAGGCAAAAUUGUAUGGAGCUUCACACAUGACAUGGAGAAACAUGCCACGAAUUAAGAAUUCAUUCUUUCAUUUUAGUAAAUCGUGGCCACAUUGCACUAAUUCAUUCCCUUGAUUUGAUUUAACUAAUACAAGGGAACCUAUUAUUACAUCAUGGCCACAAUUUAGUAAAUUGAAAGAACAAAUUAGUAAAACACCCCGAAGUCGUGGGAACUAAUUAAUUUGUGGCCACAAUAUACAUUUUUUUUUACUGCAUGUCGUGAGCGGGGCUCCGUAGAAUUGUGACUUUAUUACUCACAAUUGUGUGUUAAUAUCAAAAUUCUGAGAAAAAAAGUCACAAUUGUGAGAAAAAGUUGCAGUUAACUCUAUUUUUUUUAUUCAGUGGCGGAAACAAGCUUCCAUAAGUCUUGGUGCAAAUGCAAUAAAUCACUGAGCAAUGAAACAUCAUUUAUAAACACUACGCUGUGAGACUGUAGAUGAGAAAUGUGAUUAUAGACUCAAUUUUUAUCUUUCGCAACUACAAAACGGAAACACUCAAUGCACUGUCAGUAGGUAAAUUAAAAUCUGUUUAUUUUAAUUCUUUUUGCCUUUCUUUUUCUUUUUUAAGAAAACACUUUUGCCAAAGAUUGAAGCACUCUUUAUAGAAAUUUGCUUUAUUUUUUUUUUUUUAAGUUUGUCCUUGUUUAUUUGUGUGAAGUGAAGAUAUUUCAAUGAAUCUGAUUACUGAUAUAAUCAAUAGAAAACAGAGAAGAAACUAUUUGAGGAUCAUUAUAACUGCAACUGUAUAAUAUCAAUCUGAGCUUAUAAUAUCAAGCAACAUGUCAUAAAUAAAUAAUAAUGUACUGAGAAAGGGUUCAGAAACCUUUUCUUAAUACAUUCGGAAUACAUAUGUUACAAGCUCAUUUGCAUGGGAGAAGAAGCUACACGUUUGUUAUUACGGCACGAACGGUUCAGCUGUAUUUGGUUCAAUGCAAUCUAUAGGAUGUUGAGGGAAAAUUACAUGAAUAUCUGGUCAUAUACUUGAAUGUAUCUUACUGUAAAAAUGGUAACGGCACCUGGAUUUUCUGUUUUCUUUUAUAAAUAUGUGUAUAUAUGGGAUUAAAGACCAUUUUGAGCCUUUGA